UUUUAUUUUAUUCAAUGUAAAGAGAAAUCCCUGGCUUCCUCGCUAAAUGGUGGAUGUGUGAAAAUUUGAAAAUUAUUGUGAAAGUAGUGCAACAAGUUUGUUAUUUUUUUUUUCUUAUAGUGUCUUUUUAGUUUUUAUUAAAAAUAGCUUAUUUUUAACGCACUUAGAUGCUUUUUAUUUGGGUAAAUUGAGGAAAAUUGCAAAGGCUUUAUUCAGUUUUUUAUUGUAAUUCAGUUCAGAGGAUAUUUUAGAGGUAGAAUAUACCUAUUACCCUAAUUGUUUAUUUAAAGUAGGAGAAUGAAUAGAACUCGAAGAGCAGGCCAAAAGCCUCCAAUUGUAGACCAAAUUAGUCAAAUCAUAAUCUACGAUAAACCCAACAAACCUCAGGUUCCAAAAGAAAUAUUGAAACAGUCUAGAAAAGUUAAGUUAGGCCAAGGUGAUAUUGUUUUAACUCGCCAAGAUUCCCCUGUAGAAUUUGUAAAGAGAAACGUCAAAAGGGAAAGGGAGAAUGAUGAUAUAGAAGAAGUAGUAAACAUCAAAACGGAAAAUUUUGCAAGUCUGAGCCAAGAUUAUGAAACUGUCAGCACAGAAGAUCCACAGCUUGAAGAUCUUCCCGAUGACCCACCUACAUUUAAAAAGCCAAGAGGACGGCCUAAACAAAUCGAAUCUACCAAAAAACAGAAAUGUACAGUUUUAAAUUUUAUUAUGAGACACCCUAUAAACCCUGAUAUUACUAUGGGCAGCGAUGCCUCUUAUGAUGCUGUUGACAAUAAUGAUCAGAGUCAACGACCAGCUAGAUUAAGAAGGAGGCCGGCGAGAUUUAACUAUGCCGAAAAUGAAGCUGAAGAACAUUACACAAUUGAUACUUCUUCAGUUUUAAAAAGUACCAAGCAUUCACAACUUUCAAUCACUCCAGUUUAUAGAAGCGAGCAAAUUGAAGAAGAGGAUAAUGUAGAUAAUGAAGUGCCGACAAGUGAAAAAAAUGAUAAACCAACAAAAAAGCCAGCCAAGAAAUUGCCAGCGAAAAAAGCAAAUAAACAAGAUCUACAAAAAAAACCAGAUAAGUUACCGAAGAACAUUAAAAAAGAAGUGGAAGAACAGGAUGAACAAGUACUAAAUACAAGUCAUGAAGAUUUGUACGAGUCUGAAGAUAGUCGUCGAGAAUGGAUGCCUAAAGAACUAGUUGAAUUGAAACAGCAACACAUCAUGAAAUCAACAAAAGAUAAUCACAAAUGCAAAUUUUGUUCAAAAACAUUUUCCACAUAUUAUGGUCUUAGAAAGCAUAGAGUGAUAGACCACGACGAUAUGGGUAAUGUAGGCAAAAAGUGUGAGAAUUAUGUUGCAACAGAAGAAACAGAUGAAAUGUCCAAAGAAGAUUCUGAUGUUGAUGAGGAAAGCAGGCGCGAAUGGAUGCCCCAAGAUUAUGCUGAUUAUAAAGUAAAGCAUAGCUUAAACAAGCAAAAGAAAAAUGGUUUAAGAUAUAAUUGCAAAAUCUGCUUAUUGAAGUUUAGCACCUAUUAUCAAUUUAGCAAACAUAAGUUGGAACAUGAACAAAAAGCAAACCCUUAUGAAUGCAAAUAUUGCCCAGAACAAUUCAAUGACAUAGAUAUUUUCCUUGCUCAUAACAGAGUACAUCAAGGAAAAGAUCCAUACCCAUGCAAAAAAUGCUCCAAAACAUUUGAUAACAAAAAAGAUUAUGACGUUCACAUGUCGGUUCAUGUAUUGAAAAAAGCCCCAGCUCUACCAAAAAGAUAUAGAUGUGAUAUCUGUAAUAAAGAAUUCGCCAAACUUGGCGACGUCGAACGUCACACUCGUGUCCACACCGGCGAAAAACCUGCAGAGUGCAACAUUUGCCAUAAACGUUUCCAGCAGCACCAUAAUUUGACCAAACACUUGCUGAUUCAUCUGCACGUCAAGCCCUUCUUGUGCGAAAUAUGCAAUAAAAAGUUCGGCCGUAUUGACGUACUGAAUCGGCACUUGUUGACGCACUCUAUAGAAAAACCAUUCAAAUGUGAAUUGUGUCACAAAGGAUUUAUCAGACACCAUCAAUUGACUAAUCACAAUGGAAAGGCGCAUCCCGAGAUUGACUUCGACGAUGAAAAUGCGAUUAUGUUGGAAAGUAUGACUGAAGAAGAGAUGGUUAUGUAAACUGCUUUAUUCAGAAUAUAAAAUUUAAUCUAAUCUUAAUAGUCUAGGAAAAUUGUUGAUUUUCAAAAAAAAAAUCCUACCCAAAAGAACUUUUCAGGGAUGAUAGGGGGAGGGUGGGUGAUCAUAAAACCGAAAAUAUCAAACAUUCACCCCUCUGGCGUUUUGUUCUAUAGGGGUUGAAAGUGCGCCAUUGGCGAUUACUUGGUACCUGUUGAUUGUACAAAAAAAUGUUUCAAAUAAAAGAUGUGCAACAUUAUUUGAUCUACAAUGUUUAUCUAAAGACUUUUUUGAUUAAGGGCCGUCUGUGGUCAAAAGGGCCGUUUGAAAUUUUAUAAUGAAAAUGAAAAAUUUUAACCAACAUGAAAACAUUUUCUACAACACAUACAACAUUUUUGCUUUAUGAAGUUUUUACUCACCUCCUGCCGUUUUUCAAUAGGGGUAGUUUAAAUUUUUUUUAUUAUUUUACAAAAAAAUGUUCUCAAUAAAAGUUUUAUAAGAUGACAUUUCCUACAAUUUUUCCUAAUCAACUUUUUUUGUAACUCACCCCCAUUCAGCGGGGGGGACACUUCCCUCGGGGAAAUUUUAGUUUUUAGGGGUAUAUAUUAAUUUUUUUUUCUUUUAUCGCCUUUAAUGCAUAUAAAAAGUUGCAAUUAACAUUGUAUUGAAAGGAUUUUUUUUCCACCACCUUUUUGUUUUUAGGGGUAGUUCGCCUAUUUUCAACUUUACAAAUUAUUGAGAAAACUUGUUCAUUUUAUUAUUUUGAACAACUUUUCUCUAUAUUUUUUUUUUGUGAAGUUGAAAAUAGGCGAACUACCCCUAAAAACAAAAAGAUGGUGGAAAAAAAAUCCUUUUAACAUAAUGUUAAUUGCACCUUUUCAUAUGCACUAAAGGCGAGAAAAGAAAAAAAAAAUAUAUACCCCUAAAAACUAAAAUUUCCCUAAGGGAAGUGUCCCCCCGCUGAAUGGGGGUGAGUUACAAAAAAAGUUAAUUGGGAAAAAUUGUAGGAAAUGUAAUCUUUUAAAACUUUUAUUAAGAAAAUUUUUUUGUAAAAAAAUAAAUAAACUUUAAACUACCCCUAUUGAAAAACGGCAGGGGGUGAGUAAAAACUUCAUAAAGCAAAAAUGUUGUAUGUGUUGUAGAAAAUUUUCUCACGUUGGUUAAAAUUUUUCAUUUUCAUUAUAAAAUUUCAAACGGCCCUUAUGACCACAGAUGGCCCUUAAUAAAAAAAUUCUUUAGAUAAACAUUGUAGAUCAAAUAAUGUUGCAUAUCUUUUAUUUGAAACAUUUUUUUGUAAAAUCAACAGGUACCAAGUAAUCGCCAGUGGCGCACUUUCAACCCCUAUAGCGCAAAACGCCAGAGGGGUGAAUGUUUGAUAUUUUCGGUUUUAUGAUCACCCACCCGCCCCCUAUCAUCCCUGAAAAGUUCAUUUGGGUAGGAUUUUUUUUUUGCAAUGCACGUAUUUUUCGACUAUUUUCUUAGACUAUAAGUAAACUAAACUGAUUUUAUUUUUUAUAUAUAUUUCUGUUUAUAUAGAAGCACAACUAGAUUUUAGCUAGUAUGGUGUUUGGUUUAUGAAAAAUAUAGUUGAAUAAUAAUUGUAUUCAUUAAGUUAAUUUUUUAUUUGUUUUUCAUUUUAGUGAAGAAUGGUUCACUUAUCUUUAUUAGCUUUAUUUAUUUAUAUUCGAUAUACAUAUUACUUUCUAAGAAAUAAAUCCUAUUUGAAUUUGGAUAAUGAUUUUUGCUGCCUAUUGAAAUUUUUCGCAAUAAUUACUCUGCUUGCAGCAGCUGCAGAACCGGACUCAGAGAGAUGGACAAGAAAUGCAAAUUAUAAAUGGUAGGUACAAAAUAAUUUCAUAAAAAUGAUUACCAACCACUUAGGAGUUGGAAUAAAAAAAGAAAAUUCCAAAAAAAAAUAACAAAACCCCACCCAUAGAAGAGCGCCUAAUUCCAUCUCAACUGUUUAUGCCAAAACGCUGGUUUCUGAUGCCAUCGUUUGCAGACACUUUCGACUUCCUC